CCGCUACGCCAAUUGAGCGGUCGCACUGGGAUGCACUUGCGCCGUUCUAUUAUCCAGACAUGUCGCUCGCAACAGUUCACUCGCUCUCUGGUCAAUGGUCCAGUUCGCCGUGAACUGCUGCAGCGCAUGUCCGCGCCAGCAUCCCUCGCAACACCCGCCAUCAUUCGUCAAUUGAACCACGUCCGUCGCCAAAGCACAACCACCGAACCUCCUCCAAAGUCUCCAGCCGCUUCUCCUGUACAAAGAUCGCGUUUCCUUCGUUUCCUCUGGCGAGGCUUCACCAUCCUUGGCAUCUUCGUCGUUGUUUCUGGUGUCCUGGUUAUCGGCUUCUUCGCCUUUGAUGCAACCACAUACAAGGAGGAAUCCGACACUGUUGAUAUUACCGUCUCUGAACUCGCUCUGAACCCUAGAAGAGGAGGUCCUAAGAACCUCCCCAUUGCUGAACACCUUAUCGACGACGACGAUUCACCGGAAAAGAAGGCUCAGAAGCACAAGCCCAAGCUGGUCAUUCUCGGUACUGGUUGGGGUAGCGUUGCUCUUCUCAAGCAGCUCAACCCUGAUGACUACCACGUUACUGUUGUCUCUCCAUCCAACUACUUCCUGUUCACUCCUAUGCUUCCCUCUGCCACUGUCGGUACUCUGGAACUUAGAUCUCUUGUCGAGCCUAUUCGCAGAAUCGUCUCUCGUGUUAAGGGUCAUUUCCUCAAGGCUUCUGCUGAAGACGUCGAGUAUGUCAAUUCCAAUUCCACCCUAUCCGCUGAUACUAACCGUAAUCUAGUNUUCUCAAACAAGCUCGUUGAAGUAUCCGCCAUCAAACCAGAUGGAACCAAGGAAAACUUCUACCUCCCCUAUGAUAAGCUCAUUAUUGGUGUUGGCUCCAUGACCAACCCUCACGGUGUCAAGGGUCUCGAGUACUGCAACUUCCUCAAGGACAUUACCGAUGCACGUCUGAUUCGCAACCAAAUCAUUCGUAACCUCGAAGCCGCUUCCCUUCCUUCUACACCUGACGAGGAAAGACGCCGUCUGCUCUCUUUCGUUGUUUGUGGAGGUGGUCCUACUGGUGUCGAAUUUGCUGCUGAAUUGUUCGACAUGCUCAACGAGGAUCUCUGCAACUACUACCCUCGCAUUCUCAGAAAUGAGAUCUCGGUACACGUCAUUCAGAGCAGAGGUCAUAUUCUCAACACUUACGAUGAGACUCUCUCCAAAUACGCCGAGGCUCGUUUCGCAAAGGAUUCUGUCGAUAUUUUGACCAACUCGCGCGUCAAGGAGGUUCAAAAGGACAAGAUUCUCUUCACCCAAAAGGAUGAGAACGGCAAGACUAUCACUAAGGAAAUUCCCAUGGGCUUCUGCUUGUGGUCAACUGGUGUCGCACAGACUGAAUUCUCGAAAAAGCUGGCUGAUAAGCUUGGAGAGAACCAGACCAACCGUCAUGCUCUCGAGACUGAUACUCAUCUUCGUCUUGUUGGUGCCCCGCUAGGUGAUGUCUACGCUAUUGGAGACUGCUCAACUGUUCAAAACAACGUUUCGGAUCACAUCGUUUCAUUCCUGCGUACCGUCGCUUGGGAGAAGGGCAAGGAUCCUGAGAAGAUGCUGAUCGGUUACGGUGAUUGGAGAGGUGUUGCUAAGCGUCUCGCUCAAGCUGCUCCUGGUAUGGAGCUAAACAGCAUGUAUUAUGGUGAUCUCGAUGAUGCCGUUUACAAGACUUUCUCAUAUACCAACAUGGGUAGUCUGGCUUAUGUCGGCAAUGCAGCCAUCUUCGAUUUUGGCGGUAUGAACUUUGCUGGUGGUCUCGUCGCAGUGUACCUGUGGCGUGCAGUAUACNNUUUCUCGCAGAGCGUCAGUCUUCGUACUAGAAUUCUCCUUGCCAUGGAUUGGACCAAGAGAGCACUUUUCGGAAGAGGUAAGCUUAUGAUCAAGUCUCCCAAGCACAUGGAUGAUUUACUAACGCAUCACAGAUCUUAUGAACUUCUAGAGCAGACAUAUAGAUAG